UGUGAGAGAUCAACGGGGUCUUCUUCACCCCUGCGAGGGGCAAGAUUAGACCCCAGGACUGUGUGCAGGUGGGAAUAGAGGUGUCCUGGCCAGGGCUCUGCGGGGUUGUGGUCCCUGGAGUGCAAGCGGCAGGAGGUUCCACACACCGGUUGUGCUUGGCUGCAGCAUCCCCUCCAAGGGAUGCAGGGAAACGUCUCAUUCCCCAUGGGCACCUGCCCUGGGGCUUGCUGAGCCGCUGGAGCAGGGGGUGGCCAAAUCAGAAGCAGCUUUUAGGUGAGAGAUGCGUAGAAAACCAGCUCAAAGAGAUUUUUUGCUGCCAGGCUGGGGUGUCUGCCCUGCUGCCCACAAGGCAGGGCUUUGGGUGGGCUGUGGGGAACCUCCACCCUGGCUGGCCACCCCACCCUACUGUGCUGUCCUCCCUCCAGGCAGCACCCUGGGGUGGAGUGGGACACGUUUCCCUCCAGCAACAAGUGAGGUACCCAGGGCUGGCAGCCCCCAGCUGUGGCUCCUCUACAUGCCAUCAAUCUUACACGUGGCUGUGCCUUACUUGCUGGUGUGGAGAGGUGCAGAUGUUCCCCCAGGAGGUGAAGAGGCAAGAGGUGAGGCUGGCAAGUAUCUGUGGAGGUGAUUGGCAGACAAGGCUGAGCUCCGAGGCAGGGAGCUCCUCGUGCCAUGCCGUGGGGGUGCACAAGGUGGGGGCACUGCUGGGGGCAGGUUUGGUGGUUCGGCAUGGGGCAGAGGGGCUGGUCGCUGGGCUGCUCCCUGAGCUGGGUGGCAGCAGUGUCCUGGGGGCCAGUGAGCAACGAGCUGGAGGGUCCCUGCACGUGGUUUGGGUCCAGGGUCGGUGCCACCACGCGCUGCUGUUGGGGUGGGAGUUGGGGUCAGCCGAGCCUCCUCCAUGCAGCCCGUGGUGCCAGCUCUGCACUCCUCCACGGUUUCCAGGGCUGUGGGGUGCCCGUGCCAGGCUGUGUAGGUGCAGGGGUGUCCUGGGGUGAGACCUGACCCCUAAGUCCCUUGGGCAGUUGCGUGGGCUCCCUCCUCCCCUGCAGCUGGGUGCCCUGAGGGACCCCAGAGGGUGACGGGGCGGGAAGAGGGAGGGCCAAGGCAGGUCUCUCCUCCCCUGCCCUCCCCUCUCCUCCCUUGCUGGAUCUGUUGCUGCCAGACCAGCUGCCUGCUGGGGCUGUGUGUCUGGGGGAUGUCGGUUGCUGGGGCACCCUGGGACCCACAGGGGCUGCAAACGGUGGGCAUCAUCCUGCUGCUCUGCUCCAGCCUCAAGCUACUGCAUGCCCUGGGCAUCAUCGACCUGUCCAGGGGAGGCAACGCGCCGGGCCAAACUAAAAAAGCGCUGAAGCAGCGAUUCCUCAAACUGCUGCCCUGCUGCCGGCCCAAAUCCAUCCCCUCGCUCAGCGAAAACAGCGUUGAGGAUGAGUUUGAGCUCUCCACUGUCUGCCACCGCCCCGAGGGGCUGGAGCAGCUCCAGGAGCAGACCAAGUUCACCCGCAAAGAGCUGCAGGUCCUGUACCGAGGCUUCAAGAACGAGUGCCCAAGUGGCAUCGUCAAUGAAGAAAACUUCAAGCAGAUCUACUCACAGUUCUUCCCACAGGGAGACUCCAGCACAUAUGCCACUUUCCUCUUCAACGCCUUUGACACCGACCAUGACGGCUCCGUCAGCUUCGAGGACUUUGUGUCUGGGCUGUCCAUCAUCCUACGGGGCACCAUUGACGACCGCCUGAACUGGGCCUUCAACCUCUACGACCUAAACAAAGAUGGCUGCAUCACCAAAGAGGAAAUGCUGGACAUCAUGAAGUCCAUCUAUGACAUGAUGGGCAAAUACACCUAUCCGGCCAUGCGGGAGGAAGCGCCUCGGGAGCACGUGGAGAACUUCUUCCAGAAAAUGGACCGAAACAAGGACGGCGUGGUGACAAUCGAGGAGUUCCUGGAGUCCUGCCAGAAGGACGAGAACAUCAUGCGAUCCAUGCAGCUCUUCGACAACGUGAUUUAGCUCCCGGACCUGCCUCCAGCCGAGCUCUCCUGCACUGGGCCCAGAACCUGCUUCUCUCUCGACUUUUCCUUCGAGCCUCCCCUCGGCCGGCUGCACAGACGCCCCCGUGGGAAAGGGCCUCCCUUCCCAGAGACGUGGUCGGCACCAGGAUCUUCCCUUCCCCCUGGGCCGGCUCUGCUUUCCUUGGGGGAUCCCAAGCAGGUGCUCCCGGAUGUUGGAGCGUGGGCAUGGCUGGCAUGGGGCGAGCGUUUGGCCCGGAUGAACCUCCCUGCACCCGUUCCCAGCGGGGAAGCUGCAGCCUCGGGCUGCGAUAGAGGCUUCCCCUGUGCACAGCACCCCAUGCAGCCACAGCUCCCCCACCCCUGGACCCUCCUCAGCCCCAGGAGCCCCCAGCACGGGCUCCAGCCCAAAACCUCCAGCGACGCUGUCUAGAAACCAAUAAAGUCUUGCAACAGGUGCCAGCACCUCGGCUUCCUCCCCUGCCCUGGCUGUGCCCUGCCAUGGGGAGUGUGUCCAGCAUGUCGGCCGUGAGCCACUGGCCACCCUCCUUGCCCAGCCCCUGGGCCGGUGCGGGGGCAGAGGGUCCGUGCCUGGAGAAGGCAGCUGCACGGGCACUCGGGGUUCAUCGCUGCAUGAGCUGUGGGGAGCAACCCCUGAUCCCGGGGGGUCUGUUUAGACCUAGGAGGCUUAUCCUGACAUGGGGAGAUGGGGGGACUAAAGGGACCCCGAGGUGCCUUCUUGUGGCACUGGUCACCCAGGAUGGAGGAUGCUGGCCUGGCAGAGCUGCAACCUCAGUCCCUGUCCCUCGAGUUCAGGGUGCUGGCACACACGGGACCUCAGGGACCCACCUUGACGCUCCAAUGGAGAGACACCCUUCCCACCCCUCCCCGAGGACACGGCAGCCAGGGUAUGGGGACACGUGGAGGAGGGAGGUGUGCUGGGCCCCGGCAGCAUCAUUUGCUGCUGCCCUUCCCCUGCUCCCGUGCCCUGGCCCGUCCCAGCCCACCUGCUGCCCGGGGGGCCGGGGAGUGAGCAAUGGGGCAGAGAGGUGUCCCCACAGGCAUAGCCCUGGGUCACCCUGGGGCAGGGCAGGCUCAGCCCCUUCUCCUGGCAUGGCCAUGUGAGAGCCUGCCUAGGGACCCCGGGGAUGGAGCCAGCACCCUGGGGCUCCCCACGUCUUUGUCACCACCAGCUCCUUGGAGCUAAGCGUGUGCAGGCAGGCCUGUCCUGCCCGCGUACCCCUCUGAGUUGUAGCUGGGACAGUGAUGUCCAUGGGUAAUGACCCCGUGCCAGCCCCAGAAGCCCCUCUGUGCAAUCCCGCAGGCAUUGGGAAUGUGCCCAGCCCCGGCAGCCCCCAGCUCUGCUGCUCCAGCCUCCGCACCCUUAGCAGCCAAGGGUGAUCGGGGCUGGCCUGAGCUGCGGUGUCUGGGAUCAGUGGGGAAGGGGUGACCAAGGCCAGUUCCCAUGCUGAGCCCCUGGUGUUGGAGCCAUUAGAACCACCACCCCACCCCCCUCCCCUGAGCCCUGAGCCAAAACUAUGUGGCUGCUCCCCAGGGGGACCAUCCCUGGCCUGGCCCUCGCAGACAUGAUGUGUUUUUUAGGAUCAUUCAACACAUUGUUCAUCUCACAGUCCUGUUCCCGGGUUUGCCGUGGGGCUGAGCUCCCACGUGCAGUCUCCCAAGGGUGGGAGGACAGGUAUCCCGACCCUUACCUCUCCUGUCUCCUUCUUCCCAUCCUCCCUCCUCCCCAGCUCUCUGGGGUACCCACUGUCCCCCACCACAUGGAGCAGAUGCUGCCUCCUCCCUCACGCUGCAGGUCGCAUGGCGUGACCCCCCCCACCCCGGGGCAUGGUGACCCACAACCCGCUUGGCAUCUCCAGUCUGUAUAUUUUGUAUUAUAACAAUAAUAUGGGUUAAAAAAAAAAAAAGACAAUAAAAUCUAACCACAAUC